AUGGGUGUGCAUGAUGUUUCACAAAGGGUUGCUGGAAAGGUUCUCAUGGCUUUGUUUCUUCUUGUAACAGUCUCAGCAGAGAACACCCCCUCACAAUCCAAUCACACCACAGAGGUUGACACUAUUCUUCAUGCUACAGGAUUUUACCACCACACUUGGCCUAGUCUGAAAUUUGGAUGGAGAAUAAUAGCAGGCACCAUAGUUGGAUUCCUGGGAGCAGCAUUUGGGAAUGUGGGAGGUGUUGGUGGGGGUGGCAUCUUUGUUCCCAUGCUUACCCUCAUCAUUGGAUUCGAUUCAAAAUCAGCAAUAGCACUGUCAAAAUGCAUGAUUACUGGUGGAGCAAUAGCAACUGUUUUCUACAAUCUGAGGCAAAGACACCCCACACUUGAUUUGCCUGAAGCUCAGAAGAAUUCACGGAUUGAUAAUAAUGGAAGUUCUCAAGACGCUGAACAUAGUGUUCAAACAGGAGGCUUGGUCAAGGAAAAUGCCAAUCAAUCAACGAAAAAGGUUUCUAUCAUUGAGAAUAUUCAAUGGAAGGAACUUGGACUUCUUUUCGCUGUCUGGAUCAUGAUACUUGCAUUACAGAUUGGAAAAUAUUAUACAACAACUUGCUCUGGAGUAUAUUGGGCAUUGAAUGUACUACAGGUCCCCAUAGCUUUAGGAAUGAGUUCAUACCAGGCUAUGCGACUAUACAAAGGGCAGAGUACAAUAGCAUCAAAGGGAGAUCAACAGACACAACUGCGAGUGUCGCACUUAAUUCUAUUUUGUGGUUGUGGCACACUUGCUGGCACAAUUGCUGGUUUGUUAGGCCUUGGUGGAGGAUUCAUCAUGGCACCACUUUUCCUUGGACUAGGAAUCCCUCCUCAGGUACUUUCAUUCUUCUUCUGCCAUAAUGUCUGUGAAUGUAGAUUUUUCUUGGAAACCACUCUGAUUGGGGAAUUUUUCACAAAGGUGGCAAGUGCUACAUCCAUUUUGGCAAUGGCAUUUUCAGCAUCUUUGGCUGUGGUGGAAUAUUAUCUUCUCAAACGCUUCCCUAUUCCUUAUGUACUUGGUAAUGUUAAUGGAGUAGUAGCACUUUACUUGGUAGCUAUAGCCACUGUUGCUUCACUUUUUGGGCAGCAUUUGGUGAGAAAGAUGAUAGCCAUACUGGGGAGAGCAUCCAUCAUAAUUUUCGUUCUCACCUUCACACUUUGUGUUAGUGCAGUUUUACUAGGUGGAGUGGGAGUUGCAAACAUGAUAGACACCAUUGAAGACAAGGAGUACAUGGGAUUCGGAAACCUUUGCAUGCACAAGGUUAAACAAUAA